GACGCACCUUGAUGAGGGAAAUCCCCUGCUGCCAUUACCGGAGCUGAGGCCAGAGGCUGAACAACAUCCUGGCUGCUGAGUCUGAGGCUGAGAUGAUUGAAUUAGGAGACCAAAUUUUGUCUGAUGUACAUGUUACUGCGAUUCGUUCUGGUAUCUCUCGAGGAUAUGAGAAAGGAUUGCAAUUGGUAUCAAGAUUCGUUGUCAAUUACCAGGCUGGAGAGAGAAGGGAAGAAAGAAUGAAAGAAGAAAGUGAGAAGGACAGUCAGGAUGACGUCAAUGUCAUGACUGAUAUAGAUGGAGAUUUGGUAUUAACCAGGAAACACAAAACAAAGGAUGUCAUUACUACUAGUAUUGCCCAUGCGAUGCAAACCAAUCUACAAGAUGUCGGAAUGCAGGUAUGGAUGGGUUGUCUUUUGCUUUGUAAUUUCAUUCUCAGCAAUCAUCCAAGAUUUGAAAAUUCUACAGUCUUAGAAUUGGGAGGAGGGACAGGAUUAGCAAGUGUUGUCAUGGCAACCACUGCAAAAUUUGUUAUUUGUACAGAUACUGGAAAGGAUGUCCUAGAAAUGUGUGAGAGAAAUGUCAUUGCAAAUACGGAUAUUUAUAAUAGAAGAGGGCAUAAAGAUGAACUAGAGAGACUGGUUAUAGUACGAGCUUUAGAUUGGAUGGAUUCAGACAUCCAAACAGAUGAAUCUAUUCCAUUUUCUUGGAGUCAAAAGGACCUUCAACUCUUAUCUGACGUAGAUGUAAUUAUGGCUGCAGAUGUGGUCUACAGCAACGAUCUGACCGAUGCCUUUUUCACAAAACUUCAACAUUUAAUGAAAACUGGGAAGGAAAAGACCUGUUUCAUUACUACCGAGAGAAGGUUGAAUUUCACCUUGACAGAUUUGGAUGUAACAUGUAAGGAAUAUGAUCAUUUUAGGGAAUGGUUGAAGAGAUUGGAAACUAUUUAGGAUUAUCAUAUCAAACAGCUGGACUCGGACGUACCACAGUUCAUUCAGUAUCCUCAAUCAAGAUAUUUGGAGCUUUGGCAAAUCAAAAGAACUUCUUCAGAGCAUUUAGUUCCAACUUCGUGAGGGAUAUCUGGGUGAUAAGGUUACAGGACUAGCAGCUAGACACUGAUAGAUGCCAGGUGCAUGGAACCAACAACGAAAGCUUUCCUAUUCCUACAGAAUAUGUAGUCCAUUACCUAUGUAGCAGAGACUAUCAUCUGCAACAUGGAGCCAUCAUGGCCACAGCUUUCUUAGACCUACAGAACAUGCAGUCCCUUGUCUAUUAUGUAGUAGAGGCUAUCCACCAUGGACAUUAAAUGAUCAAGACCACAGCUUUCUUAGACCUACAAAACAUGCAGUCCCUUGUCUGUUAUGUAGCAGAGAUUACCACCAUGGACAUUGUAUGAUCAAGAUCACAGCAUUCUUAGACCUACAGAUCAUGUAGUCUCUUGUCUAUUAUGUAGCAGAGACUAUCCACCAUGGACAUUAAAUGAUCAAGACCACAGCAUUCUUAGACCUACAGAUCAUGUAGUCUCUUGUCUAUUAUGUAGCAGAGACUAUCCACCAUGGACAUUAAAUGAUCAAGAUCACAGCAUUCUUAGACCUACAGAUCAUGUAGUCUCUUGUCUAUUAUGUAGCAGAGACUAUCCACCAUGGACAUUAAAUGAUCAAGACCACAGCUUUCUUAGACCUACAGAACAUGUAGUCCCUUGUCUAUUAUGUAGCAGAGACUAUCCACCAUGGACAUUAAAUGAUCAAGACCACAGCAUUCUUAGACCUACAGAUCAUGUAUUCUCUUGUCUAUUAUGUAGCAGAGACUAUCCACCAUGGACAUUAAAUGAUCAAGACCACAGCAUUCUUAGACCUACAGAUCAUGUAGUCUCUUGUCUAUUAUGUAGCAGAGAUUGCCACAAUGGACACGGAACCAACAUGGCAACUGCUUUCUUUGUCCUACAGAUUACAUUUUGUCCCUUGCAUAUGAUGUGGCAGACUACCACCAGGUGGAACACAUUGACAUGAAACCACCAUAUCAAGAGCUUUCUCAGUCCUGCGAACAUGUAGUCCUUGUUAUGAUUGAUAGCAGAUACUACCACCAUGGAACUAUAAACAUGGCAAAAUCUUUCUUUAUAAUAGUCCUACAGAGCAUUUAAUCCCUUGCAUGUGAUGUAAUUUACACGUAGGACUGUCGGUUCUUUACCAUUCUCAGUGUUGUGAAUGCUCCAACUGCUUGAUAUUAGAGGCCCAAUCUGUCCUUUGAUUUGAAGGCAAGCAAGAAGAUUGAAAGUCACAAGUACCUUCCGACAUUGAUGAUAGAUGCCUUGCAGAAGGUCACUUGUGCAUUGCCUUGAUGUUUGUCUUUUUCUACUUGGGCCAUAAGGGUUCUGAAACGCAUCAGAUAAGCAAUGAUCUCAUGACCAUCCCUAUGUAAAUUAUAUUUCUAGUUUCUAAUAAAAAAUUUUGGAAAGUGAACACCCACUGAAGAAAAUAUAAAACUUCUCUUUGAAGAUAUGGAUAUUGAUGACUCAUUUAAAUCAAGUAUAAAUACCCAGGUAAUAAAAUAUAAUAAAACGUAUUCCUCCCCCUUUUUUUUUCUCUAUAUCUGGAAAUUUGAAAGUGUGCAAUCAAUCGCUUCAUGGCCUGAAUCCACAAAGGUGGUUUUGAACCCAUGGUUUAUGCAGAUUUCCUGUAAAAAUUAUGCUUAAUAUACUGCAUAUACUAAAAAAAGUCCACUGCUGAUGCGCCCUUUUGUCAGUGCGUCAAAUUAAUGCCUGUUGUCAUGGUUGAGUACGCUAUUUUAUUCAGUUCACUAUUUUAUUCAGUUCACCGUUUUGAACAGUUGACUCAUUAAUUGAAAAAUAGUGGACUCGUGAAUAAAAUGGCUGAAGCGUCGUACUCCAGGCAUCAAUUUGGCACACUGUGGCAAAAGCAUGCAUCAGCAUUGGACAUUUUUAAUGUACGCGAUAAAAUUAAGCCUAAUUUAUAAAGGAAAUCUGCAUACACCGUGGUUUCAACUGAUGGUUUCCAAAACCACCUUUGUGAAUUGGGCCAAUAAUUACAGUAAUCACCCAUUUUUUGUACUAUAGCCUAUGUACAGUAAUUGGGUAAUAACUGGACUAUUCAGGUUUUGUAAAUAUAUUAUAAAAAUAUAAGUUUUAUGAUAAGCAUUGUUACUACAGACCUCCAAACCUUCUAUUAUUACCUUUACUUGACUUUAUUCUUGCUAUGAUAUAAAAUGUACACGUUUAUGAUUUUGUGUUUUUCCUAUGUAAAGUGCUUAGAUACACUCGUUAAAAGCGCUAUAUAAAUGCAACGUAUUAUUAUUUUUAAUUGAAAAAUAGGGAUGAUUUGCCUAAAUAUGUGAAGCCAUACCUGAUAAUAGGAAAAUCCUAUGCAAAUAUAUAUGUAUAAAGGCCACCACACACCUUAAAUUGGUCUGCAACCCAAUUUUGGAAUAAAACAUCGUAAAAUUUGAUGCUAACAUUCUGACUUUUGUAAUGUCAUAGCAAUCUUACGAUUGGCUACGAUUUGAAACGAUUUUGGCCUUUACUCCAAAAUAAAGGCUUGCAAUCAUCCAAAAUUAUGUUAAAUUAAUUUGAACCUCAAAUAUUGAUACUUUUUAUUCUUAUUUUUAGAAAAUAAGCAAAAUUCUAUUUAUUCCAUGAUUGGAUUGUAGACCACUCGCAGUUUUUUUUUUUUCCACUCGUAAGGUAUGCAGCAGACUUAUAGAGGUGCAAGACAGGCCCGAUAUAGUUUCUCCUGGCACCUUCCAAUGUGGUUCCCAGGGAAAAAAUGCUCUUACAAUACAGUUACUCAAUCUAUCAAAAUCUCUGCUUUAGUAUUAAAAGAAAUGUUUGCAAAUGUGUCGUUUUAAAGACUAGCCUUUGAAUAUCAAGAAUUCACAAAGAUGUAGACAGGGUGAUAUUUGUCAAAACAGUUUUCACAUUUAAUCUCAAUCCAGUGCAUAGUAUCAAUGCCAGAAUUUACAGCAAAUUUACAGAAUUGAAAAAGGCAAUAGAAAAGACAAAUUCAGAUGACAUGUAGACUUGAGGAAUGUUGUAUGACAACAUACCAACAAUAGCCCUUCAAAUUUGAUACCAUUCACAUGAACAAAAUAAUGUCUAGUUUACAAUAAACUUUUUCAUACAAUGAUACAACAAACAAUUAUCAUAAGACUGUACAUACUUCAUUUUAUAUACACACACCUUUGUUAAUUCGUAGUCUGAAGUACGAGACUAGUCUGAUCACUGAUUCAUGAUAUACGAAAUUACUUCUUUUCAACACACAACUGAAACAUGUUAACAGUAUUCAAAACAAACCAGCCAGUAUUCUGAGCUCCAGUUCAACUUAAAUCAUGAUAUAAAGUCUGGGCUAAAAUUUUAUUGGAAGCUGUUAAAGCUGUGUAAAACACAUGUUCAUACUGUUUGCUUAUUACCAAUUUAUUUGAACUUUUCCAAUGUUAAAAAAGUGAAAAAAAUUACUAUCAUAUUU